AUGAGGGCGGGGGAAAGUGCGGAGCCAGCCAACCAGGAGGCCGUGAUGCAGAACCAUCGUGUUCCACGUGCGUCAAGCUCGGCUGUUGGACAGUCUGAGACUCUGAGUUGUUUCUUUCUAUUCUGCCCUCAGCGCCUCAGCUCCUGCACGUCCACCUGUCGACGAGUGACGAGUGGCUGGGCUGGUCGGGAAUCGCGAAAUCAGCCGGACGAUGCUGCUGCUGCUGCUGCUGGCGGCACCCGCAGCCGGUAUCAGCCAACGGUGGCGUCGACAAGAAGACCACUAGCGACUGGAGAUGGGGGAGAGAUGGCGUCUGCUGACUGGCGAGAGCGGACCAGACGAAACGGGAUGGCGUCUGCGGAAUCGGCGCUACGCAAGUCCCGCGCGAACCAGCGAUCCUUCAUGCGGCAGGCGUCAUAUAAGAAAAAGAGGAAGUUCCGUGCGUCUCCCCCACCUGGUUGA